AUGACGAGAUCUUUUGAAUUAGAUAAAAUAACAUUAUUUUAUGGGUGCGGUUUAUUACUUUUGGUGAGUUUAUUUAUUUUUAAAAAUUAUGAUUUAUGCAAAAAUAAUUAUAUUUUCAGUUUAUAAUUUGUUCCGCGAUUUUUGUUAGACGACAAAUUGUUCGACAUAGAAAAAAUGUUGCUAGAAAUAGACCUCAAGUAAGUUUUCUAAACAUGAAAGCAAUUUUUCGGGUAAAAAUUGGAAUAUUCUCAUUAUAGAAUUUCAGAUCGCGUUAUCUUCUCGAAUAUCAAGUAGUAGGGCAAUUAAUCGCCGUGAAAAUCAAUUAAAUAUGGUGAUGCGACUUCGUUCAGAAAAUCAAGCUCGCCUCACAGAUUGUGUCGCUCUUCAAUCGCGUCAGUCACAUUCAUUUUCUGUUUUGUAUCGUAGAGUUGCACCCAGUUUUUGAAAUAAUAACUAUUUGUCCUAUUUUCUGUUUAACACAUUUGUUUUAUGCAUGUUCACGUGUCUACACUUUCUAUGUUUCACGUAGAUUUACUAUUACAGAUAGCGAUAAACCAUAUGUUCAUCGAAUGAUUGCAGUUGAUGCUGUUACUUUGGAAAUUGGUGUGUUUUUAAUCGCCUUAAUUUAUUUUUUCUUGAAUUUUCCAGAUGGACAAUUGAAACGUAUUGAAGGCGCUGUUCAUCGUUUUCCAGAGGAAUCAACUUAUUCUUAUCUGAAAAGGUAAUCCAUUUUUUUAGAAAGUUUUGAAGUCUCGUUUUUUUUCAGAAUCAGAGAAAAGGUUCCAUCUUUACCAUUGAAUGUUGUGAAUCGAAUUUCUUUUCUCCAAGAAGCUGCUCGAUUUAGACCUGAGGUAUUUUGUUUUACUUAUUUUAAAUGCCUAAAAUUGUUCAUUAUAUGAUUAUUAAUUCAGAAAUUUGAUGUAGAACAUGUUAUGGAAGUUCGAUCACUUUUGGACCAAUUUUGGAAAAUGUACGUUUACUUUUUGUCACAUACUCGUUAUCAGUUGCACUUUACGAGAUGAGCAAUGAACUAUUUUUAUAGCAUUUCCUCUGAAUACACAUUUCUUGAUGAAGAACCGGAUAGUAAUACGCCAAGUGGAGUUAUCGCAUCAUUUUAUCAAUUUGGUCAGAAAAUCAUGCCAAAUCAUCCAUCUUCGAAAAGAAGACGAAAUAAAUUUGGAGGAAGUGAUGGUUUGUUUUUAUUGAUUUUUUAUGGGAAUAAAAAACAAAAAGAUAACGGCUGCAAUGAUUCAUUUCUCAAAUCUUUUUAUUUUCUUUUUUUCAAUCAUAUUCUUUUUUUUUUUGACAAAACCUCAUUGUUAUUGCAUGAGGUUUCGACAAAAUAAUAAUAGAAGUGCAUUUGAAACAAAAUAACAAUGAGCAAUUUUUUGUUAUUUAUUUGCAUAAAUUAAGUGCAAGCCUAUAAAAGUGAAGCUAUUUUUUCAUAAUUUUAGUUUAAUUUCGAAAUCGGCCGAUAUUUCUCUUUUUUCUAACAUAAUGUUAUUUCAGGAGUUCGCCUAUUUCUUUCUUCAACUCGCGAACAAAAUCGAGUCGAUGAACAAACUUCUUUACUCAGUCCACUUGUUACAACUGACUCACCUCAAAAAUUGAAAAUUUCUCAACAAUUUUUGAAAGCUGAAGAUUCUCCUCGACUUCGUCGACAAUCUGAAUCGCAUUCAAAACUUCUUCCUUAG